AAACACAGCGCCAGUCAAACAAACCUAGGAAAAAUAGAAUAAUUGCAUUUAUUUCGUGUAUUAAUUUGAAGUUUACAGUCUCCACUUAUCUGAUGUCUGCCGCCAUUUUUCAUAUCUUCAAUGAAUCGGAAGUAGCCUAGGCUAGAUCAUGAUUAAUUGGCUAACUUUUUCGCAUUUGGCUUUAUCGAUCCAUUAACUUUUCCUCUUUUUCCAGAAUUUUCGGCAUUUUCUUUAUGAGCAAAUUUGAAAAUGAGCAUUAAAAACAUUGAUUGGUUGAUGCAAACGCACCUAGCAUGUGUCAAAUCAAUUAGCUGCUCGUGUGGAAAAGGGAUCACCAGUUGAGCGUGUAUUCCAGUAAUUAGCCAGAGUCUGUUGCAGUUUGAUUUCAUCUCUCGGAGUGCCUUUAGCAGUACCUGCCAUGCUCUUUUGGACAGAUUUCUGGAGGAGAACCUCUCAGAUCAGCUGUUUCCUCAUCAUCUGGACAGCCAAAUUACCUCCUGUGAUUUUGAGUCACUGUGCCACUGGACUUUAUCAAAUCACAGCGACCAAAGGGACUGGUCAGUGGUGUCGCCACAGCAACCAGAAAGCGCUCAGGCAGGGAUGAUGCCCAUGGCUGAUCACUCAGUGGGAAGCUCUGAUGGGCACUUCCUUCUCCUAAGCUUCUUCCCUGCCACUGAGGCUUCUGGGAGAUGCGAGUACCACUUAACCAGCCCGGUCUUACCCGGAAAUGAGAGGCACUGCAUCUUGCAGGUGGCUCUGUUUGAGUCCGGUCCAGCAGUGGGGAACCUCACGCUCCUGAUCAAGCCAGUCCACUCAAGUUCAGUUGUUCACUCUGAGGUUCUCAACCACAGGAGACGUGAUGACCGCAGGGCUGAGUGGGAGGUUCUGGAGACUGUGAUUGGUCAGGUGGACGAGCCCUUUCAGGUGAUCCUGCUCUACACUUCCUGUUUGGGAGAAGAUGGAGCCACGGUGGCUCUGGACUCUCUGGAGCUCAUAGACUGUGCAUCAGAACACCAGGUCAUCGGGCUGGAUGCGGCUUGUGGGGAAUCUUUCCACUGUGAAAACUCAGGAGACUGCAUUGACCAGAGCCAAGUGUGCAACUUCCACACCGACUGUCCUUUAGGAGAGGACGAAGGCUUCAUCUGUGGUGCUCUUCCGUUUGGCUCUCACUGUUCAUUUGAACAGGAUGCAUGUGGGUGGUCCGUGUCCAACCAGCACUUGGCCUGGAGAAGAGUCGCUGGAGACAAACUUCUGGAGAAAGAAGACAUGCAGGGUGUCACUCUGCAGAGUACACCAGGGCACUUUCUGUUCCUGCAGGUCAGAGAGAGUAAUUCCCUUCGAGAGGCGUCCAUUCAGAGCUCCUCUUUCCCUCCCCCCGUCUCUACUACUGUCUGCCAGAUGCGUUUCUCUCUGUACCUGUAUGGGGACUUUAAUGGUUCAUUGCUGGUGUCUAUAGAGGAGAAUGGGUCCGCCACCACACCACUGGUCUGGGAGAGAAAUGAUCAGUGGACAGAUGACUGGGAAGAUGUUGCCCUGCAGCUGACUGGCCUUAAUCAUGAGUUCCACGUUAAGGUGACAGCUGUGUGGGGAAAAGGCUCCAAUGCUGACGUCGCUCUCGAUGACAUUGCAAUUGGAGCUACCUGCUUCAACACAGAUCUGAACUCUCUCCUGCCAAUGGCGGACUUAGAGGAUUUCUUAAGCCCCCUUCCAGAGCCUUCAUUCUCAGAGGUUUCUUUGAUGACAUGGUGGUUUAACUCAUGCGGUGCCAGUGGCCCCCACGGCCCGACCCAAGCCCAGUGUGACAGUACCUACAGGAACAAAAAUGUCAGUGUCACUGUAGGGAGGGAAGAACCCUUGAAAGGAGUCCAAAUGUGGAGGGUACCUGCUACAAACCGAUAUCUGAUCUCUGCUUAUGGGGCUGCAGGAGGGAAAGGAGCCAAAAACCACAACAAACGCAACCACGGUGUCUUCAUAUCUGCCAUAUUUCCUCUGGAGAAAGGAGAUGUACUUUACAUCUUGGUGGGCCACCAGGGAGAGGAUGCUUGCCCGGGGAGAAAUCCCCACACCCAGAGGAUCUGCCUGGGAGAGUCGUCGGUGAUUGAAGACAACCUCAGAGGAGAGGCUGGUGCGGAGUGGGCUGGGGGAGGAGGCGGAGGAGGGGGAGCCACCUACGUCUUUAAGAUGGAGGGAGGUGAGCUGGUUCCCUUGUUGAUUGCGGCUGGCGGAGGAGGAAAUGCCUACCUGGAGGACCCAGAGUCCAGUCUGGACCAGAUACCACUGGAGCAGUAUGAAAACAGCACCAUAGCUGCCAGUACCAACGGUCAAACUGGUGCUGCAGGUGGAGGUGGAGGCUGGAACGAAAGUCCCAGUCCUUACGUGAGGGCGGGAAAGUCUCUGGUGGAGGGUGGUGAAGGAGGGUCCUCGUGUCCCCUGGCCCUGUCCAAGCUCAGCUGGUCCACCUUUGGGGGAUUUGGAGGUGGAGGUGGGGCCUGCACAGCUGGAGGUGGCGGAGGAGGUUACAGAGGAGGUGACGCUGCACCGACAGAUGAGAUCACAGCCGACGGUCAGAAUGGAAUCUCGUUCAUUCAUCCGAUGGGAGAGAUUUUCCUUCAGCCUCUGGCAGCCAUGGAAAGUCACGGCGAGUGUGAGAUCAAGGUGCAGCUGAACUGCAGCCACUGUCAAACGCAGAGCUGCAAACGAGAUGAAGAUACUUCCCUCAUCCUCUGUCUCUGCGACGACGAUGAAGUCCUGGCCAGCGACAACGUCACAUGUGUCGGCACCAUAGCAGCUCUUCAAGGCCCAGCUCUGCACGGCCAGAUGUCAACAUCUUUGAUCCUGGCAGUCGUGGUCUCCACCAUCGCGAGCGGUAUCGCACUGAUCUGCACUGGCGUCAUCCUCAUGUGGUACCGCAGGAAGAACGACCUGUACGCAGUGAGAGGGCGUCUGCAGAGUCCAGAGUACAAGCUGAGCAAGAUCCGCUCCUCCACCAUCAUGACCGACUACAACCCCAACUACUGUUUUGCAGGGAAGGCCGCCUCACUCAACGAACUGAAGGAAGUACCGCGCAAGAACAUAACACUUCUCAGGGCUCUUGGCCAUGGUGCAUUUGGUGAAGUCUAUGAAGGCCAAGUUCUGGGGAUUAGCAGUGAUAACGGCCCCAUGCAGGUGGCCAUAAAGACUCUUCCAGAAAUCUGCUCCGAACAGGAUGAAAUGGAUUUCCUGAUGGAGGCCCUGAUUAUGAGCAAAUUCAGCCACGACAACAUUGUGCGCUGCAUCGGUGUCAGUUUGAACAUCCUGCCACGUUUCAUCCUGCUAGAGCUGAUGACAGGAGGAGACAUGAAGAGCUUCCUGAGACAGAACAGGCCACGAGCUGGCCAGACCUCUUCUCUCACCAUGCGGGAGCUGCUGCAGAUGGCCCGAGACAUCGCCUUCGGCUGUCACUACCUGGAGGAGAACCACUUCAUACACAGAGACAUUGCUGCUAGAAAUUGCCUGCUUUCCUGCCCUGGACCAGACCGAGUGGCCAAAAUUGGAGACUUUGGCAUGGCACGAGACAUAUACAGAGCAAGUUAUUACAGGAAAGGUGGUCGUGCUAUGCUGCCAGUCAAAUGGAUGCCACCGGAGGCCUUCAUGGAGGGAAUCUUCACCUGCAAGACUGAUACAUGGUCAUUUGGGGUGCUGCUGUGGGAGAUCAUCUCUCUGGGUUACAUGCCAUAUCCCUGUAAAACCAACCAAGAGGUGCUGGAGUUUGUCACCAGUGGAGGCAGGAUGGAUCCUCCCAAGAGCUGUCCGGGGCCUGUCUAUCGGAUCAUGACCCAGUGCUGGCAGCACUGUCCCGAGCACCGGCCUAACUUCUCUACUAUCCUGGAGAGAAUUAACUACUGCUCUCAGGACCCAGAUGUGAUCAACACACCCCUACCAUUUGAAUACACCCCCACCGCAGAGGACGAUGGUGGCACAAUAAACCGUGCCUCUGGCCACACCUCCACCAGCCUCACUCCACUCCUGGUGUCCCAUGCUGUUUCCCAGGCUUCCUCCCACCAGCUGGAUCACUCCUCUCUGGGCCUGGGUCCAACCCCUCUUUCCCCACAGCCUACCAAACCAUGUCUACUCCUCCAGAGGACCCAACCUGUCCACCAUGAAGUGACAUCAUGCCGUGAGGCUCUGGAGCCGUCCUGGGCUGAGCCUGUUCCUGCCCCUGGUUUUUCAGCAGGAGGCCACUGGCUCCACCCUGAAACUCCUCAUCACCAACCUUGCUCCAGAAACAGCUCCUCCUCAGGGAGCCAGAGGCUGAAGAACAAGACAAAGAACCUGUGGAACCCCACGUACGGUUCCUGGGUUUUGGAAAAUUUCCGGGGGAAAAAAACACUUGCCCACACUCAGUCCGUGCCACUCUCAAGCUCCGCUUCCUCCACCUCCAACACACAGGCUCCUCAGACCUGCAACCCAGCCUUAGAGAACAACGAGGCUGGGUGCGACAGCACCAACAGCGUCCACCUUAGCCCUUCCUCAAUUCCAUCUCCGUCCUGCCAGGCUCAAGCUGCCUCAAGCACGUCCUCCCAUAAGACCCCAACAGGUGGCACCACAAAAGCUGGUGUGGAUCUGGCUAAGCUCCAAAGUUUUCCCUGUGGCAACGUCAACUAUGCCUACGAUGAGCAAAGCUACGAGGCAGAGAGCCUGCCCCUGGUUAUGCCCAAAGCCCCAGAAGCCAUCACAAACACCAGCUCUGCCCCCAGUGUCUCCUCAGGGACAAGCUUGGGUCUGGCAUUAGGCCUCCAUACCAACUCAUCUUGUAUACCGAAGCUGCUGCUGAAGCGCCACGCCAGCUACGGACACGAGGACUUGAGGAGACACACCAAAGCUGAGAAACCCACACGUGACCGAGACUCAGGCUUUUCACUGUCUGAAGACCUCAGCGUUACCCCUAUCUAAGAAACGGCGUACUGUAACAGGGAUUUUGAUUGAUAUAAAAUUGAAAUGUCAACUGGAACCCCUUUCCUCACAACCUUAGACUGGAGUUCUGUAUUUCCAGAAGAAAAAGCAUGAGGGCUCCGUCAUAGUCUGAGAGCCACAAAAUCAAAUUGUUAAGAGUUUAAUGCUGGAAAAGACAAACACUCCUCCACACUGUAAUGCAGAGAGCCACCGCUGGACUCCAAGCUCUUUUUUGGACCUCUGGUACACUGGUAGCUGAAACACUGGAUGACACGCAGCCCUGCGCUUUUUCAUUGUCCACAUACUACUGUAGUGCUGUAGUUGGACUCCUUUUCUACCUAUUUGUUUUUAUCAUGAAAGCUUUGGCAGUAGUAUAUGUUUCAUUAUAGUAAACAAUUUGUUAGAAUUUGUAGUAAUAAGUGUACAGUGUACCAUAACAAGCCAAAUAUAUUGAGCCAUUGGGAAGAGAAUCUCCAAGCAUGUGUUUUUGUUUUAGAAUUAUUCAUUUCAAAAGUUUGAUAAUCAAGUACACGGUACACUUCUGUGUUUCUGAUUUGCUUUCACCCUAAAUAAUGUGAAAACACAUACGCCUAAUAUACUGCGAUAACUUUGAUGUUUUCUCUUAACACGCGGUCUUACUUACUUGGUGUUUCCAACGCUUCCCCAGCAGAUGGAGUUUGCUCAGUUGUCAUGGAGAUGGAUCAGAGAAGUAUGGAAUUUCGGUCAUGUGAUAAACAAGCGGCGGUAUACACGAGGAGAUCAUAAACCUAAAACUCCUGGCCAGUGACUUUGACCUCUUCCCAGUUGAUGCUGCUGGUUUGGUCAGAUGUUCACAGACAGCCAGGGACAGAGUCACCACUGGUUUCCUGGAAACCUCACACCGAAGACAAGACUCCAGAAAGUCGCUGCUCCUGGCCGAGAAAUACAUUUCUGUGGUGAGCUAAGCUAACCGGCUGCUGGCUGUAGCUUCCAAUUUACUGUACAGACAUUAGUGUUAUCGAUUUCCUUAUCUAAAUCUCUGCAAGAAACUAUUCCCUUAAGGAGUUACAUAGUUUUUAGUGUGCACUGACUCCUCGUCACAAAAAUCAAUUUCUGUAUGUUCCGUAAGUAAGUGGCGCUUGUGCUGAGACUUAUUUUUAUUUUUUGCCAGAUGACAUAGAUCUUGAUUUGGCUUUGCAUAUUUUUGACAAUUCUCUUUCCCGAUAUUUACUUGGAUUUCAGGAGGUCUCAUACGUGUGUAGAAUUUGAUGACCAUGCAGCUGUGAAAAUAUUUGCUAUUUUUGUACUCUCCUCUCUGUACACUGGACUAACCCAUUGCAUUUGUAGCCAUUUUAUCUUUUAUUUGUAUUUUGUUAUGCUAGUGAUGGAUCUGUAUUUGUAGUUGAUCACUGCCAUUCAAUACCUCUGCACUGCAUCUACUGUACUGAUGUAGUGCUGGUAGUACCUAUGUUUACUCAGCAGGGUGAGGUAUUCAGUCUUGAUAUACCAAACAUGCUGCUGCAGGUAUCUCAGUUCAUAUAAUUAAUCAGUAAUUCAAUUGUUAAAAUCUCUAUUAAGUAUUUAUGUUUUUAGAUUAUUCAUAUUUAAUCAAUUAGGUAGGUUUAUCCUACGUGUCUUUAUUUUGAGCCUAAACGUGUCGAUAGUUUAUUUUUUAGUAUGUUGAAUGAAUGGUUACAUUUAUAUAAGGGUUCUAUAUAUGUUUUUUUAUGCUCAGGCCAGCUGAUAUUAGUGAAUUCUAUCUUGGUUGCUCAACAGUCCACUUGAAAAGAAUUUCUUUUAGAAAAGGCAAUUUUAAUCGUUUUCUAAAGACUCAUUUUAAGCGAGAGAUUUGUGCCAUUUAGAAAAAUUGUGUUGUCAUGGCCUGGUGCAUUUUAUUUCACACUCAUUGAAAAGUUGUUGUUUUUGUAUUCGUUAUGUAGCUGAGGGUUUUAUGCCUCAACCCCAAAAAUGCAAAGACAUUCUAUGCAAUAUACUGUCUUUCACACUUUCCUCUAACCUAACUGUGCCCCUAAUAAAUCAACAUAUAUUGA